CUCAAAAAUCAUUUUCCAACCAUUAUUAAAGCUAAUCUAUACACUUAUUACAUAUAAGAGACAAUCGGAAGAUCCAAAGAUAACAGACCUUGGUGUAGUGCUGUGUUAUUCUGAGAUUAAAUAUACCUAUAAAUGUGUUUAUUCAACUAAUCAAUUACAUAGUCUAAUAUUAUAAGUAAAUUUUAAUCGCUUAUUUAGAAAAUUAAUAAUAAUUUAAAUAAAAAAUGUUCAUUCUGCUUUGGUAAAUGUUGAGAACUUGUAUAAAUUAUUAAUAUUUAAAUUUAGUUCAGAUAAAAUUGGUAACAAAAUGUAUUUACCAGUUUUUCUUACUAUAAUUUUGGGUUUUGUUACUAAACUAACCAUUUGUAAUGAAAGACCAGUGAUCGGAAUACUAACACAAGAAGUUUAUUGGUCUAGUUUUAACAAUAUUAAACCAUCUAAUAACUCGUAUAUAGCUGCAUCUUAUGUUAAAGCAAUUGAAGCUUCUGGAGGACGAGUUGUGCCAGUUUUCACCAACAGAACUACUGAAUAUUACAUUGAUGUAGUAAGAAAAGUUAACGGCAUAUUAGUUCCAGGAGGAGGAUGUGCAUUUAAUAUUAGUUUUGGAAUAAGUCAAUCGACAAAUGAAAUUUUUCACAUUGCAAAACAUAUAAACAAUAUAAAUGAUCAUUUUCCAAUUCUUGGAAUUUGUCUAGGAUUUGAACUUCUUUUAAUGGCGUCCAUAAAUGGGAAAUUUCCAUUUUCAAAAUGUAAAGCUAAUAAUUUAAACUUACCUUUAACACUAGUACCAGAAAUGGAAGAAAAAAGUAUCUUAUUUAGCAACAUGCCUAAAGAUAUUCGAAACAUAUUACUUACAAAACCAGUCACAGCAAACCAUCAUAUUAAAUGUAUGAAAAAAACAAACUUUACGUCAAUGAAUUUGGAUAAAUUUUGGAAUUCUAUAACAAUAAAUAAAGAUUCAAAUAAUUUGACGUUCAUAUCUACAGUAGAAGCUAAAAAUUAUCCAUUUGUGGGAUUACAAUUUCAUCCAGAAAAAAAUGCCUAUGAAUGGAAAAAAAAUGACCCACAUAGUUGGUCAGCAAUAUAUUCAGCUCGUUAUUUUUAUGAUUGGUUUGUUAAUGAAUGUCGUAAAAAUAAUCACAGAUAUAUCAAAAAUAGUACGCUAGAAAAUGAAUUAAUUUAUAAUUACCCUACUACAUAUGUAGGAAAAUUAAAUUCUGUUUUUGAAGAAGUAUACUUUUUUAGUGAAUAAAAAACAAUUGUUUAAUUUAAGUAUCACAAUAGUAUUAUGACUUUGAAUAAUAUAUUAUUUUACUUCA